CAGGAGGGAGCCGAGCUGAGCCGGGCCUCCCGCGGCUCCGAGGUAGGUCCCCGCGUUGUGAGCGCGGCCGCUGCCCGUCCGUCGGCUCGCGGGGUUCCUCGGCACGGCGGCAGGCCUCACCAUGUUGCGAGCCUUUAGCCACACAGGCAAUAGGUGUGCAUUGCGCCCUGCUGGGUGCCGGCACCACCACAAGCCAGUGCUGGCUAUCAGGAGGGAAGAUGUCAGUGCAUGGGAACGCAGAGCUCCGCUGGCACCCAGGCAUGUCAAGGAGCUGACACAGAUGGGUUACAAAGUGCUGGUGCAGCCAUCAAACCGGAGAGCCAUCCAUGAAAAGGACUACAUCAAAGCAGGCGGUAUUAUUCAGGAAGAUAUUUCUGAGGCUUCUCUGAUAGUGGGUGUGAAGAGACCUCCAGAGGGCAAGUUAAUCCCUAAGAAGAACUAUGCCUUCUUCUCACACACCAUUAAAGCCCAAGAGGCAAACAUGCCCCUUUUGGAUGAGAUUCUGAAACAGGAAGUUCGACUGUUUGACUAUGAAAAAAUGGUUGAUCAUAAAGGAAUGCGAGUUGUGGCCUUUGGAAAGUGGGCUGGUGUAGCAGGAAUGAUCAACAUUUUGCAUGGAUUGGGAUUACGCUUUUUAGCCCUGGGACAUCACACCCCCUUCAUGCACAUUGGGAUGGCACAUAACUACAGGAAUAGCAGUCAGGCUGUGCAGGCAGUACGAGACGCUGGAUAUGAAAUUUCACUGGGACUGAUGCCAAAGUCAGUUGGGCCCUUGACAUUUGUGUUUACUGGCACUGGUAAUGUGUCUAAGGGUGCCCAAGAAAUGUUCAAUGCCCUGCCAUGUGAGUUUGUGGAACCACAUGAGUUAAAGGAAGUUUCCCGAUCUGGAGACCUCAGAAAAGUCUAUGGGACAGUGUUAAGUCGUCACCAUCAUCUUGUAAGGAAGCAUGAUGGAAUGUAUGAUCCAGCAGACUACGAUAAACAUCCAGAACUUUACACUUCUCGCUUUAACACUGAUAUUGCACCCUACACAACUUGUUUAAUUAAUGGCAUAUACUGGGAACAACAUACUCCUCGCUUGUUAAGUCGACAGGAUGCUCAGAAUCUACUGGUGCCAGUUAAAUCUGCUGCUAGUGCACCUGAGGGCUGUCCUGAGUUACCACACAAACUUUUGGCAAUAUGUGACAUUUCAGCAGACACUGGAGGAUCUAUAGAAUUUAUGACGGAGUGUACAACAAUUGACAGUCCAUUUUGUAUGUAUGAUGCUGAUCAGCAUAUUAUUCAUGACAGUGUUGAAGGCUCUGGUAUUUUGAUGUGUUCCAUUGAUAAUCUGCCAGCACAGCUUCCUAUAGAAGCAACGGAAUACUUUGGUGACAUGCUUUUCCCAUAUAUUGAAGAGAUGUUAUUAUCAGAAGGCUCAGAACCUCUUGAAAAGCAGAAUUACUCACCUGUUGUUCGAGAUGCAGUGAUUGCAUCUAAUGGCUCACUGACAGCUAAGUAUGAAUAUAUCCAGAAAUUGAGGGAGAGCAGGGAGCAUGCCCAGUCACUGAGCAUGGGUAAUAAGAAGAGGGUAUUAGUACUUGGCUCUGGCUAUGUUUCUGGCCCUGUACUUGAAUAUCUCACUAGAGAUACUGAUGUUGACAUCACCAUUGUUUCUGUGAUGAAGGAACAACUUGAACAGCUGACGAAAAAAUACAGCAGUGUUACUUCAGUUCAUAUGGAUAUUAUAAAGGAGGAGGAAAAGCUGUCCUCUUUGGUGAAGAAACACAACCUUGUGAUCAGUUUGCUGCCUUAUUCAGUACAUCCUUUGGUUGCUAAGGAAUGUAUCAAGAACAAAGUGAACUUGGUAACAGCCAGCUACUUAACACCAGCCAUGAAAGAGCUCCAGGAGAGCGUAGAGGCUGCUGGUAUCACAGUUAUCAGUGAAAUGGGCUUGGAUCCUGGUCUUGACCAUAUGUUGGCAAUGGAAUGCAUUGACAAGGCAAAAGAAGUUGGUGCUACGGUUGUAUCCUACACCUCUUUCUGUGGUGGCCUGCCAGCUCCAGAGCACUCUGAUAAUCCUCUGAGAUACAAGUUCAGCUGGAGCCCUCAAGGAGUCUUGCUGAAUACCGUUCAGUCUGCUACGUAUUUGAAAAAUGGAGAGGUUAUCAAUAUUCCAGCGGGAGGAGCAUUGCUUGAUUCUGUUACUGCAAUGGAUUUUUAUCCAGGAUUAAAUUUGGAAGGUUUUCCUAACAGAGACAGUACAAAAUAUGCUGAGCCAUAUGGAAUUCAGACAGCUCACACUUUGUUAAGGGGCACUUUAAGAUACAAAGGAUACUCUAAAACUAUGGGAGGCUUUGUAAAGUUAGGGUUAAUUAACCCAGAUCCUUCUCCUUUGCUGAACUCAGCCACGCCACGUCUAACUUGGAAAGAGCUCAUGUGCAAACUGGUUGAAAUUCAGUCUCCUGCUGAGUACUCUGUGCUUAAAGAAGCUGUAUUUAACAAGCUGGGUAAAGACAAAAGUCAGCUGGAGGCUGUGGAAUGGCUAGGAUUACUGGGAGAUGAACCAGUUCCAGCAGCAGAUUCCAUUGUGGGGGCUCUUGCAAAGCACAUGGAAACGAAGCUGCCUUUUGGCACUGGGGAGAGAGAUAUGAUUGUUAUGAGAAAUGAAAUAGGUCUCAGGCAUCCUUCUGGCCAUUUGGAAGACAAAUUUAUUGAUCUGGUUGUCUAUGGUGACAACAAUGGAUAUUCUGCCAUGGCCAAAACAGUCGGAUACCCAACGGCUAUUGCUGCUAAGAUGGUUCUAGAUGGUGAAAUAAAUACCAAAGGCAUGGUUAUACCAUUGACGAAGAAGAUUUAUGGACCAAUACUGGAGCGUGUUAAAGCAGAAGGCAUUACAUACAAUACUCAUAACGUUAUCAGGCAGUAACUGGAAGCAAUGGAUUGAAUCUGGUUUUAGCACUGUUUGUUCCCCACAAAUACAGCUUAAAGAUUCUCGAUUGGGACCAAUUAAAGACAGGAUCUGGUAUUUCACACCCAAGUGGUGCCUUCUGUAGAAUCGAUCCCCGACUUUGUUGUAAAAUCUGUAGAUACUUGGAUGCAUGAGUUAUGUUACUUUCUUUCCAAAACUUUUAGGCUCAUGUUUCAGCACCGAUCUUUACUUAAAUGUUUUCUAAAUAACUCGUAUUUUUAAACUGACUUCAUCUCCUGAAUGGGUUUAUUAUGGGGUUGUCAUUGAGACAAAAUGCAGCUGAAAGGAAAACCCACUACUGACUUUUGUGAAGGAAAAGUCUGUUUACUGUUAAAUACUGAAGAUGUUCAGCUGCUAACAUUUGAAACCUAAAUCUUAAUAUUUGUUACAUCUUUCUCUUACAAAUGUACACUUGAAUUCAUAGGUGGACAUAGUGUGUUUAAAACUACCUUCCCUCCCAUACCCUUUCCUGGCUGCAGUAUGUUGAAAUAGGUAUUGCAUGCUGCUUUCUGUUGUUAGGAGAGCACAUGAGCACUUAGCUCUGCAGCUUGGAAGGGUAUUUUUAAACAUGCUACUGUUAAUGUGCUCACCAGUUGCUCUAAAUGACAUGUUUACUCUUUUGAAUUACACUAUGUGCCUUGUCCAAGUUAAGAACUGUUACAAGGGGAACUGACUGUCUAAUGUAAGCAGCUUUGAAAUGCAGCAGACUUAGAGGUUUAAAUCACUACUUUUUGAGUUAACUUUUGUCCUUUCUCUAUCAUGCUUUUGAAUUGUUGCUUUGGGUUCCUGUCCGUACUACUCAAUUCACUGCCACUUCAGAGAGAUGAGGGUUUGCAGCACACCAGCACAUGAUGGUCAGUGCUGUGCUGCUCAGCAAUGCUGGUCCAGCUCUAGCAGCAGUGCAGCUGUGACAUCUCUGAGCUUUAGCCUGAGUUCAGCUUCUCUCAGGCAGAAGAGCAGCUGUCUCCUUCUAGUUCAGGACUGUUUCUGUAGGUUUAGCUCAGGGAUUUCUGCACCACCUUGCAAUGCAGGCAUGGGUUAGACUUUCCACUAGUUUGGUGUGAAACCUGCCAGUUUCAGUAGAACUUGUGCGGCUAUCUGGAACUCCUCUCUAAAGUUCAAUACUGAUUAUGGAAUCUGCCUCCUUUCAACUUUGCUCACAAAUGCACCUUGCUGAUAAACGCACAGCCUUUUAUCUGCUGAGCAGCAUAGUACUACUAACACAGUCCUGAAAGGUUGGAAGUCCAGAGGUUGCCCUGUCUGUAUAGUAUAGCUGAAGGUUUGAUCUCCAAGUCAAGAUUUGGAUUUGCUUUUUGCAUAUGUAGUAAAGGAGCAACGGCAACAAAGAGGAGGCUGAAAGGAGCCAAAGGCAGAAGGAAGAAUGAAGAAUGAAGAUUGAAGACAAGGACUUUUUAUACUGAAUCAGUGAAUGACUUCUUGCUGUCAAAUUUGGAUUCUGUUACAUUGCUAUGCACCUUCUAAGUAUUGUAGGAGAUCCUGGCUCCAUUAUGCUGCUUCCCCUCCCACUGCUGCUACAGAUUAUCUGUUACGUGGCUUGCGUGUGCAUCCGUGGUAAUCAUGGAGUCCGUAAUGAAUGUUCCGCUCUCUGUUGCCUCCUCUGUCCCACAGGUCAAUUAAAAGCUUACAACUAAGGUUUAAUUUUAAACUUCUAUCUGGUGGUUCUUCCAAUUCAAUACAGUAUGACACCAGGAUCUCAACUUCAGUAUUCUGUUGCCUUCCUUUAACCUACAAUUACAAAACCACGGAGUUAAGGCUGUAUGUAUACAUAUACAUUGCUUCUCUGCCUAGAAAAUGCAAUAUGGAAAGAAAACUGGAACUUCUUAUUUUUCUUUAAGUUUUAAAUAACCCUGGACUGACAGUGUGUUUUUUUCAAGAAACACUAUUUUGGAAAAAUUAUGUAUCGGAAUAUCUUUGUUUCCCCAUGCAGUGAUGCUUUUUGCUUUCUAAGCGUAGACUUAAGUGUAUCGCUCAGCUUUUGUAUGAAGGUUUAGAUUUCAGCCCACUUUGCAUAUUACUGGAAGAUGAUUGUAUGGUGUACGCAAAAUAGGUUGAGAAAUAAAUCUGAAAAUCCA